UGAGGUGAAGAAGGAGCUGCACGAUGCUCAGGAAGAUCCACUCAAUAUUUCACCCCAACUCCCGCAGGAGAAGCCUGUCGGAUGGGAUCCCUACUUGUGAUGGCUCUGCAGUCCGGUUGAUCCGCAGCACCUCUAUGUAUGUGCUUGGAGAUGAGGAUAAUAAGUUCAGUGAGCCUUUGAAAAAAAGCAAAAGUGCGACCAGCCUGGAUUCAGUUGCCUGCCUCCAUCUGAAGGAAGAAGAACGGGCAUGGAUGUACUCAAAGACUCAAGACUGUUUGCAGUACUUGCAAGAUUUGCUAGCUUUGAGGAAAAAAUACAUUGAGAGCAUCAAAGAUCUGAAGUCCAGUGACAGGGCAUCUGAUAUUUCCUCAGUGUCUACAAAAUCUUCCAAGACGAGACAAAAGUCACCAGCCACACCUCCACCUAUACAGUCUUCCAAGAUCUCAGCAGAGAGAAAAGCCUCACAGCUCAAUUCAGACGUAACCGAGGCAAUAGCUUAUUUUGACUCAAUUAUUGCCGAGCUAGACGCAGAAAGGCAUCGAAAAAUUGUUGUGAGGGAUCAUCCGCCACACGCAGAUGUUGAUUUUGACGUCAUUGCUAGCUCACGGGAGCACAGCUUGCAUUCCAACUGGAUUCUACGUGCCCCUCGGAGAUGUUCCCAAGAUGCUGUCCAAGGAGGAAAGACGACAAGCCAAUCGGAGAGAAACAGCCAUGGAAGAACAAUUUGCUCCAGAAAGAAACUAGAAAGAUAUCCAAUAUAUCUACCUAAGGCUGUGGAGGGAGCAUUCAAUACUUUGAAGUUUAAACCCAAAGUGUGCCCGAAAGUACUGCUCUGAUCUGGAAGUAAAAUGAAAUGCCCAACAUGGAGUUCCUUACAU